CUUCGACCAGUCGCGGGCGCGAUGCUCCGUCCAGCUCGACUCCUGACCACGAAAUCAUCACAAGCACAAGCACAAGCUCGCCAGUACACAUGCAGCGCUAUCCGCGGGUAUCCGACCGCGAUCGCACGCGCCGAGCGCGCCGCCGAUCUUAAGAAACAUCCAGAAUCCGCCCUCACGCAGCAGAAACUCGAGGAUAAGAAGGGGAACAGGCACUGGUCCGAGGAGAAUGCGACCUUGAGUGAAGCUGAUGUG